AUGCGAAGAACUCCUCGUCACCGGGCAAGCAGGCGCCACUUACACCAUCCCCGGUGGAGACAGCGCCGGCGAUGGUGCCUGCGGAGCCUUCGGCUCUUCUCCAAGCUGCAAGCACAGUGGAGGCUGGGCCCAAUGACAUGA